AGUAUGAUUUCACUAUGGUUCAAUAAGAAAAUUAAAUGAAACUGUAUCCGUUCUUGGUUACAAGAGAAUAAAGCGAAGAAAUCAAAUUGAAGGGGCAAAAUCUCUAGCUAAAUGCCGUCGUUAUUCCGCGUAAUCAUCUCCGAGUUCGCGAAGACCUUUCAGACGAUGGUAAGCACCGAGAAACUUCAAGCUUUCGUCGCGAAGACCCACCUUGCUCGUGACCCUUUCUUCGCAACGAAGCUUGUCAGGCUCUAUACCUUAAACGGUGAUCUUCACUCUGCUCGCAAAGUGUUCGAUGAAACUCCCCAGAAAAGUGUUUUCCUUUGGAACUCCAUUAUUCGAGCUUACUCACAAGCUCGUCAAAUGGGUGAUGCAGUUUCGCUGUUCUACGAGAUGCUGGGAUCUGAUACGAUGCCUGAUAACUUCACGUACGCGUGUUUGGUUCGUGGGUUUUCGGAGAGUUUCGAUUCCAAGGGGCUGAGACGUGUUCAUGGCGGCGUGAUUGUUUCCGGUCUUGGAUUCGAUCAUAUUUGCGGCAGUGCAGUUGUGACAGCUUACUCGAAACUCUGUCUUGUUGGUGAAGCAACUAAGGUAUUUCAUUCGAUACCGGACCCAGAUGUCGUUCUUUGGAAUGCAAUGAUUUCUGGUUAUGGAAGCUGCGGAUUCUGGGAUAAAGGAAUCAGUUUGUUUAGUUUGAUGCUGCAUCUUGGAAAAAGACCGGAUUUUUACACCAUGGCAGGCUUGACGGCCGGUUUAUCGAAUUGUGGUUUGUUAAUCAUUGGUCAAUCUGUCCAUGGAUUCUGUUUGAAAGUUAAUCUAGAUUAUGAAGUUCAUGUCGGUAGUGCGCUAGUAAGCAUGUAUUCUAGAUGUAAGUGCAUUGAUUCGGCUUACCGCAUGUUCCUCACUGUCCCCGAGCCGGAUUUGGUUGCAUGGUCUUCCUUGAUAACAGGUUUUUCGAGAUGCAUGAAUCACAAGGAGGCAUUGUUUUGGUUUAGCAAGUUAAACAUGAGUUGUAAGAAGAAGCCUGAUUGUAUAUUAGUGGCUUGUGUAUUAGGGUCCUGUGCAGAAUUAUCAAAUCCAAUGCAGGGGAAAGAGGUACACGGUCAUGUUCUUCGGCAAGGAUUAGAACUGGAUAUAAUGGUUUGCACUUCUCUGAUAGAUUUCUACUCAAAAUGUGGUUCCCUAGAUUCUGCUAUCAAUGUUUUUGCUGGAAUGGCAGAGAAAAAUGUUGUUUCUUUUAAUGCCAUUAUUCUGGGUCUUGGCUUACAUGGAUUUGCCUCCAUUGCAUUUGAAAAGUUUAAGGAUAUGCUCGAGAUGGGAAUACGUCCUGACGAGGGUACUUUCUCGGCUCUCCUGUGUACUUGUUGCCACUCGGGCCUACUGGAUAAAGGCCGUGAGUUCUUGAGGAUAAUGAGAAAUGAGUUCGGUCUUGAGCCUCGGCCAGAGCAUCAUGUUUACAUGGUAAAGCUUCUGGGAAUGGAAGGGAAAUUGGAAGAAGCAUUUGGAUUCGUCUCAUCUUUGCAGGAACCGAUUGAUUCUGGCAUCUGGGGAGCGCUCUUGGCGUGUUGUGAAUCUCAUGGGGAUGCUCAUUUGGCUGAAGUUGUAGCCGAGAAGCUUUUUGAAAGUGAUCCGGAGAAAAGCGCUUAUAAAGUCAUGCUUUCUAAUGUGUACGCGAGACACGGGAGGUGGGAUGAGGUCAAAAUACUGAGAGACGGAAUAUCAGAAAGCAAAGAAGGUAAAGUUCCGGGGAUUAGCUGGGUUUAAUUGCAUGGAAACACAGUGAUCAGUGCACAGAGUCUCCAAAUCUGUGAUUACUUGUGAGAUGCAGCAGAAGAUUCACUUGAUAGUUGCGGAGCAGGCGUUUCCUCCGGAGUUUCCUCAUUCGCAGCCGAUGAUGGCGUUCUAUCAUGGCAUCUCGGGCUCACAGAACGUUUAAGGCCAAGCCUUCGUGGACAAUUUUUCAUGUUCAGCAUUCGUUUCAUGCAUCUGAACUGGUUCGGAUUGCCGAUUGGAAAAACUGCUUCCUUUCCCGGACCAUUUCUCUGCUGAUGAGCUGCAGGAGCAAUGCGAGUACCGGAAAAAGCGCGAAGAAUGGAUAAUCACAAAGUCAUUUAGGGGGUGACUGGUUGCAACGCCACCAACCGCAAACGGAGCAGUUGCGAUUUCUGGCGGUUGGUGGCGGUUGCGAAACUGAUUGGUCAUACCGCAGACAAACGCUACCGCAGGCAAACGCUACCGCAACCAAACUUCAAAAAUCAAAACGCUGGCUUUUGGAUGCGUUUCGGUAGCGUUUCCAUGCGUUUAAAUCAAAUGACCAAAAUAUCCUUGUAACAAUUAAAAAGAAGAAGCUAAAACUCUCUUCAUGCUC